AUGAACGAGAAGCUCUCUCCCCAGGAAGGAUCGUCAGAGACGCAGAGCCAUUCAGCUCGUGCAACGCUCGGAAGACAGGGAAGUACAGCCUCUUCCGGACUGUUUCUUGGUCAGGGAAGCUGUGAAUUCGCCGGGCGUUCACUCGCUGGAGAAUGUGGCGUUUCGCUUGCGUCAGUUCUGGUAGGCAGCGAUGGUCCCGGCACAGAUCACCACCAGGAAGCGAGCCCAGUUUUCUUUUUCUUUGGCAAAGUGGACAAGAACCAGGAUGGUGUAAUUGAUGUGCGCGAAGCCGUUCGCAUGCUGAACGCGCUCCUCAAAGAGAUAUCCUCUCCAGAGGACAAUAUCUCUACUCUUUCGUCGGGCCACUGGUUGUCGGUAGCAUCGUCUUACGAUCGCGCAUUUGUGGCCGAAAUCGUUGGACUGUUUGACGAGGAUGGCGAUGGCGUUCUCCAUUUGGGUGAGUUUGCCGCGCUCCUCCUUUCUGUCCACGCUAAAAGUCUUGGCCAAGCGGCGCUUCUUGCAAUGAGCAUGAAGCAUCGUGACGGAGAUGAUCGGGCGACUGCUAAUUUUUCGGAUAUUUUCACAGCUGGUUUCCCGUCUGCACAUGGAAAACGGACGUACAAAAAUCCCUCUUCGAGGACUACACCUGGCAGGUUGAGUCGCCACGAGGUAAAGCUGGCGAUACGUUCUGUGUUGCAGCAGCAGUAUGCCGAGGCCGAACACGAAGUGGCGGAGCAUCUGGAAAGACUUGAGCGUGUGGAGCGCGCAAACGGCCCCUCUGUGGCCACCGAUGAAGCACGGCGAAGGAGGAUACAAGAACUAUUUACGUUCCGUGCUUUAAGCGAAAAAGGGUUUGACGCUCGGAUUUCUAGGGGCGAUAAGGACGGUGACGAGCUCUAUGAUCUUUUGGAGCUGAUAGGAGUCCUGGAAUCCGAAUUGCACCACCUUGGAGCGUCUUGGAUGUUUGCCUAUUUCGAUCGGGAUGGGGACGGUCGACUGUCUAUGGCGGAGGCACGUACCAUAGCAGAGGAAGCGACCGUGUGGACAGUCUCUGAUGAUCGUGGAAGAGCCGUCAGCACAGGCAUUGGGUUGCCUGCAGUGGGAGAGAAGUCGCGGUAUUAUAGGACAGAUCCGGAUACCCAGUGGAGCGUAAAACCCGACGACAUUUGUACGCUCUGUUGGAUUCUGGAUGCAAACAAAGAUCAGUUUGUUACCUUCGACGAAUUUUCUUUUUUCGUUCAUAAUGAGGACAUUGUCGCUCUUGGGCUCCGCGCAAUGCUUAAACGUGAUAGGGAUGUCGUUCAGUUUUAA